ACGCGCAUACAAACACAUGUACACAUCCAUUAUUUCUCUUAUUAUUUCAAACGACGCGUUAUUUUCGGAUGCCACCACCACCUGCAUUUUAAUUUAACUCCCUCCCCUCCGGCUGUUGUGUAUGUAAGUAUCUUUGUAUGUAUAUACUCACUCACACACACUCUUCUUGAACUUUUCAGCAUUUAUUUUAACUCCACCUUUAGCUGACCAAGUUGUUCUCCAGCUGCCGGCUUUACUUUUUAUCUCUCUUGUUUCUUAAUAUUAUUUAUACCCUUUUUUUACUACAAGUCUUGUUUGCAAAAUCUCUUUUUCUUUCAAUUUGGUUGGUUAAAAUAUUAUCUUUUUGUGAAAUCCUUGUGUGUGAUAAUUCUUGGUGAUCCCAGUUUAAAGUUGUUACCUUUUGUGUAUUACAAGUCUUGCUUCAGUUUAAGUCUUGCAUUAUCUCAUUCUUCUUGCAAUUUUCUUCAUAAAAAUCUGAACUUUAUCUGAAAUCUCAUCUGGGUGUUUUGAGGAGUUGUAUUUAUAGUCUUGUAUGAUCAAUUCUUGGUGAUUAAAGUGAUUAUUUUUGAGAAUGGGUGUUUGUGUAAGCAAAGGUAAGCUUGUAGAGGGUAGAUCAAAUGGGAAUAGAUCAGGUGAUGGAAGGCAUUCCCAAGAAUCACAGAUUAUAUAUACAAAGUCUCCGGGACCGGGUUCUCAGGUUCCUUUUAAGCCUCCAGUGAGUCCAAGAAGGGUCCAUAGAUCAGAUACAAUUCUUGGUAAGCCGUAUGAAGAUGUUAAGGCAUAUUAUACACUUGGUAGAGAAUUGGGUAGGGGCCAAUUUGGGGUUACAUAUUUUUGUACUGAUAAUAGAACUAGGUUGCAUUAUGCUUGUAAGUCGAUAUCAAAGAGGAAGCUUGUGAGUAAAAGUGAUAAGGAAGAUAUGAGAAGAGAGGUGCAGAUUAUGCAGCAUUUGAGUGGGCAAGCUAAUAUUGUUGAAUUUAAGGGUGCUUAUGAGGAUAAACAAUCUGUGCAUCUUGUGAUGGAGUUGUGUGCUGGAGGAGAGCUUUUCGAUAGGAUUAUUGCAAAGGGGCAUUAUAGUGAGAGAGCUGCAGCUUCGGUUUGUAGGGCUAUUGUUAAUGUUGUGCAUAUUUGUCAUUUUAUGGGUGUAAUGCACCGGGACCUUAAGCCAGAGAAUUUCUUGUUGUCUGACAAGAGUGAGAACGCUCUUCUUAAGACAACUGAUUUCGGGUUGUCGGUAUUUAUUGAUGAAGGAAAGGUGUACCGAGACAUUGUAGGAAGUGCUUACUAUGUAGCUCCAGAAGUGUUGAGGCGCAAAUAUGGGAAGGAGAUAGAUAUAUGGAGUGCAGGGGUCAUAUUGUAUAUCCUCCUCAGUGGUGUACCUCCAUUCUGGGCUGAGACCGAGAAGGGAAUAUUUGAUGCAGUAUUGAAAGGAGACAUCGACUUUGAAAGUCAACCUUGGCCAAAGAUAUCAAACAGUGCCAAGGACCUAGUUCGGAAGAUGUUGACACAAGACCCAAAGAAACGGAUCACAUCUGCUCAAGUUCUUGAUCACCCAUGGCUUCGAGAGGGCGGUGAAGCAUCAGACAAGCCAAUAGACAGUGCGGUUCUUUCUAGGAUGAAGCAGUUCAGAGCUAUGAACAAGCUCAAGAAGCUUGCACUGAAGGUUAUUGCAGAAAAUCUAUCUGCAGAGGAAAUCCAAGGACUAAAGUCUAUGUUUACUAACAUGGACACAGACAACAGUGGUACAAUCACUUACGAAGAAUUGAAAACUGGCUUAGCCCGUCUUGGAUCAAAGCUGACGGAGGCAGAAGUUAAGCAACUCAUGGAAGCUGCUGACGUGGAUGGUAAUGGGACAAUCGAUUACAUUGAAUUUAUUACUGCUACGAUGCAUAGAUACAAACUGGACAGGGAUGAACAUCUCUACAAGGCAUUCCAACAUUUUGAUACAGACAACAGUGGUUACAUAACAAGAGAUGAACUAGAAGCAGCAAUGCAAAAAUAUGGAAUGGGUGAUGCAGCAACCAUCAAAGAAAUAAUAUCGGAAGUCGACUCAGAUAAUGAUGGAAAGAUUAACUACGACGAGUUUUGUGCAAUGAUGAGGAGUGGCACCACCCAACAACAGGGGAAACUGUUUUAAUUCCACAUGGAGGAUCUCUAUGCCCAGUCUACAGUUAUCUACCACCUCGAUAGUGGUUGGGAAUCAAAGUAAGAACAGGGGCUGCUUGCUGCUUCAAUUUGAGUUGUUUUUAAAACAAUAAAAUUCACGUGAAAUUGAAAACGAUCAGAACAAUUCUACUAUUGUUUUGUGUAUAGUGCUUUGGAAGAGUGACCUACGUGAUGCGUAAGAUGGACUAAGAUUUCAUCUUAAGGUGCAUUUCACCCAAAUUUAGUUGUGAUCUGGAAGGGUUGUGAUCCAAAACUGUUCGGAUCAUAUUUAAAUGAAGAGUUUGACUUUUUGAAUAA